CAGGACUCGGGUUCAGCGGAAGUCGUCUUCUAGUGAAUGGCUUCUUUCGUAUGCAUUUCGUUUGUUUCGAUAAAGCUACAGAAGCUUACUUGGAACGACAUGUAGAAAGAGACUGAUUUGCUCCUAUCGGCAUCAGAUACUUUUUGAUGUAGAUUUUCUUUUUUUAACUCAUAAAAUCUACGUUGUUUCUCAUUUAGCCUGAAAGCUAACUUGGGCGAGCUAACGUGGCGUCAUAAACAUUAGCUGAGGAAGCGUGCGCUGCAGCUUUGCUUAUUUUGCUUCAGAUACUGCCCUUUUAACCUAUAAGAGACAACAAUGGGAUCAUCAAAGAAGCACAAGGAGAAGAGCCGCGACAAGGACACGGAAGAGCGCCGUCGUGAGCAUAAAAAACACCGGCACAAGGACCGAGAAGAGCGCGACAGUGGCCGGGAGAAGGAGAAACGCAGGCGGUCUAGGUCCCGGGAACGGAGUGGUCGUGAGAGCCGCAAAGGUGAGCGCAGCAGCGGUGAACCUCGAAUCAAAAAGGAGAAGCUUGAUGCUGGAUAUGACACUCACGCAGAACACGAACCCAAGUCUGCUGGUGGAGAUGCAUCACUUAGCAUCGAGGAAACAAACAAACUUAGAGCAAAACUUGGGCUUAAGCCUCUGGAGCUCGGUGAAAGUAAGAAAGAAGCAGGGACCAAAGAAGAUCCUGUUGUGGCUGAGACUAUUAACCCUGUGGUCAUCGCACAGCAAAAAGAAAUCAGAGAGAAGCUAGCAGCCCUGAAAGAAAAACGAAUUCUAAAUCAAAAACUGGGGAAAGUAAAAUCCUUAGCAGAUGAGGACUGGCUGGAUGACACUGCAGCUUGGGUUGCACAGACACGAAAAUUGGAAAAGGAAAAAGAAUUGGCUGAAAAACGGGCAAAGCUCCUGGAGGAGAUGGAUCAAGAGUUUGGCGUCAGCGAUCUUGUUGAGGAAGAAUUUGGACAUAGCAGGAAACCAGCCUACUCAGCUCGAGACUUGAAAGGACUCAAAGUACAGCACAAGACGGAAUCCUUUGCCGAGGGUCAGACUGUCAUCCUGACUCUAGAAGAUAAAGGUGUACUCGAUGAAGAGGAAGACGUUCUCGUAAACGUGGGACUGAUAGACAAAGAAAAAGCAGAUAAAAAUGUGGAGCUUAAAAAGAAAAAGCCAGACUACAAGCCUUAUGAGGAAGAGGAGAACGUGGAUGACAUGAUCACAUUUAAAAAACGUUCUGUGCUGUCCAAAUAUGAUGAGGAGAUUGACGGGGAAAAGAAAAAGAGCUUCCGUCUGGGAGCAGGGGGAUAUGCUGAUGGUGAACGGGAGAGGGAGCUCCAGGCUAUGAGGGAAACGCUCCGAAGUCAGGCCCAGACUUUGGAAGUGCCUGCUCUCACCAUUGCCUCUGAAUACUACACAGAACAGGACAUGGUUGGCUUCAAAAAGACAAAACGCCGCGUGAGGAAGAUCAGAAAGAAGGAAAAGGCAUUAAGUGACUUUCUCCCGGAUGAUACUCGCAGCUCUGACUUUGGCUCCAGAGUGGCGGGGAAAGGACGCAAAGAGUUAGAUGAGAGUGGUGAGGGAGAAAAAGUAGACGAAAGUAAAAUUACUCUAAACCUUCCUCAAAUGUCUGAUGACGUGAGAAUGGCUGAAAUGGAUAUAAGUGACGAUGAGGACUUUAUACCUCCCGAACCAGCUGUGAUUGAGGAGGACGAGGCUGAGGAGGAGCUGCAUAAACAACUGGAAAAGCAGAGGAAGCUCAGGCAAAAGCAGCUCCUCAAAGACUCUGGGGAGAAGGUGGCACAGCAGCUCAAAAAGAUAGAGAAACCUCACAGAGAUAAUGAUCCAGAUAAAAAGAACAACAUUGUGUUUAAUGCCACGUCUGAGUUUUGCAGAACACUCGGUGAUAUUCCCACCUAUGGUCUCUCAGGUAACAGAGAGGACCAAGAAGACAUAAUGGACUUUGAACAGGAGGAGGAAAAGGAGGAUGGUGGAGACUCAGAUGCAGAGAUGGAUGAAAAUGUGGGUUGGAGCACAGUGAACUUGGAUGAAGAGCAAAAACAACCUGAUUUCGCAACUGCCUCCACUACUAUUCUGGACGAGGAGCCAAUUGUCAACUCUGGUCUUGCUGCUGCGUUACUUCUGUGUAAAAAUAAAGGUCUACUGGACACUCAAAUGCAGAAAGUGGCUCGUGUCAAAGCACCAAAACCCACUUUGCCCAACGAAAACUACUGCAUUGAGGACAAAAUGGGUUUUGAUGACAAAUACAGCCGCAGAGAAGAAUACAGAGGCUUCACACAAGAUUUCAAGGAUAAAGAUGGCUAUAAACCGGAUGUAAAGAUUGAAUAUGUAGAUGAGUCAGGGCGCAAACUCACACCAAAAGAGGCUUUCAGACAACUCUCUCAUCGUUUCCAUGGGAAGGGCUCUGGAAAGAUGAAAACGGAGAGAAGGAUGAAAAAGUUGGAAGAGGAGGUGCUUCUGAAAAAGAUGAGCAGCAGUGAUACUCCUCUUGGAACUGUGGCCCUGCUUCAGGAAAAACAGAAGUCACAAAAAACACCAUACAUUGUGCUCAGUGGAACUGGAAAGAGCAUGAAUGCAAACAACAUAACUAAGUGAAUUCAGAAAAUAACUGAAUUGAAAAAUACACAAUUAUAUAGUAUACAAUGAUUUUAGGUGGCAACUGUGAUUACAUCUGUGUAAUAAAAACGUGUUGUAUAUUGUUCAAUAAAUUAGUUA